AUGUUGUUUAAAAAGUUGUUGCAAUAUGAAGACAAGAGGGCAGCAGCUGUUUCUUAUGCAGCACCUGCUGCAGCAGAAGCAGCACCUGUUGCAGCAGAUGCAGCAGCAGAAGCAGCAGCAGAAGCAGCACCUGUUGCAGCAGAUGCAGCAGCAGAAACAGCACCUGCUGCAGCACAUGCAGCAGCAGGAGCACCACCUGUUGCAGCAGAUGCAGCAGCAGGAGCAGCAGGAGCAGCAGUAGCAGGAGCAGCAAAAGCAGCAGCAGAAGCAGCAGCAGCAACAGCACCAGAAUGCAAGUGUAUAUAUCUCGCAGGCAGCAGCAGCUGCGGUGUACAGACACCAGAAGAUAUUCUCAAGCUGCUGCACAUAAUCGAUGCACAGCAACUUGCAGCUGUACGGCAGCUGAAAGAGGCAGCAGCAGAAGCAGCAGCAGCAACAACAACGGCUGCAACAGCAGCAGCAGCAGCAACAGCAGCUACAAUGGUAGCAACGGCAGCGGUACCAGUAGCAACACCAGCAGCAGCAACACCAGCACCAGCAGCAGCAGCACCUGCAGCAGCAGCAGCAGCAGCAACAGCAGCACCUGCAGCAGCAGCCGCUGCUGCUGCUGCUUCUGCUGCUGUUGCCCACGCGAGGGCCGCUGUUGCAAGAGUUCGCCGCCUGGGGGACCUCCGGGCUCAUGUGCAGCGAACAGCUGCGCGACUGCAGCGGCUGCAGCAGCAGCAGCAACAGCAGCAGCAGGAGCAGCCCUUAGCAGCAGACAGUACCCCAAGGAGGGAAAGCAGCAAUUCAAUGCCUGCUGCUGCUGCUGCUGCUCCUUAUUGCCCGCUGCCUCCUCCCGUAGCUGCUCAACUGCAAGCUGCUGCAGAUUGCAUGCAAACUGCAGCAAAAGCCCUCCCUCUCCACCACUUGCUGCUGCUGUGCUGCGACUUUGCGCAGCUGCGCUGCUGCUCGCCUUCACUAGGGUCGGCAGCGCUGCAGCGCCUGCUGCUGCUGCUGCAGCAGCAGCAGCAGCCACAAGAACCGGCCGGGAUCAGAGCGCAAGAGGCCGCUUUGGGUUUGCAGCUAGCUGCUUUGCUGCUGCAGCAGAGCGUUGCUGAGGGAGCAGCAGCAGCAGCAGCAGGUGUCCAGCAGCAGCAGCAGCAGCAGCAGGUGCUGUCGGGUGUCUGUAGAGACAGGCAGCAGCUUGCUGCAGCAACAGAUGUACUGUCUGCAGAUGUUUCUUCUUCUAUUUUUGCCUCCUUUGACGAAUUAAACAACUCAUUAGAAAGGAAGCGGGGGGCCUCUACGGCCGUAGCUGCAGGUGCAGCAGCAGCAGCAGCACCAGAACCAGCACCAGCAGCAGCAGCAGGAGCAGCAGCAGCGCGGGUGGAGGGGCCCUUGUUACGGCUGUCUCUGUCUGUCAGUGUGCAGCUGCUGCAGCUGCUGGCAUGCAACAAAACCUUGAUAAGAAACCUUUCGCUGCUGUCUUGUGUACGUACAGCUCAAGCUUGUGUGCUGCUCUCUACGCAAGAAGGCAUCAGCAGCAGCUGCAUGCCUCUGCAGCAGCAGCAGCCAGCCCCCGAGGUGUUUGCUGCUGCUGCCAGUCUCCAGCCGUUUGCCUUGCGCGCUGCUGCACCGUAUGCACCUGUUGCUGCUGCUGCUGUUGUGGAUCCCGCAUGCAAGAACGAAGCUUUGCAUGCAUUGACAUGCCCCACAACCUCCUUAGCUUCUCAGCCCCAUCAGGGUGUAAGGGGGCCCCCCUGUGGGGCCCCCACUGCUUCUGGGCGCACGCAGCAGCUGCAUGCAACUGCCAACUUCGGUGCAGCAAACCGUCUUGCUGCAGCAGCUCUGCUGCGGCGCAUGCAGCAGCUGCUGGCUCCCAGAGUAGCAACGCUGUUGCUGAAAGAAGCAGCAGCACGGAAGGGGCCCCCUAAGACUCAACUUGAAGAGCAGGGGCCCCACAAGGGGGUAAACAGCCUCAUAGGGGCUGCAAUGGCUGCUGCUGUCAAAGCAGCACCCACGCACUCUACUCGCAAAAGACUGCUGCUGCUGCUGCUGCGUAGCCUGCAGCAGCAGCAGCAGCAGCAGCAGCAACAGCUGCAGCAGCACUUGCAGCUGCAGCAGCAGCAGUUGUGUGGCCCAGAUUUUGAUAAGGAGUUCUCUGGGGUCCCUGCUACUCCCCGCCAACACUCACGCCGCAUGCAAAAGGCUGCUUCUGCUGCUGCUGCUGCUGCUGCGCCGCCUGCAGCAGCAGCAGCAGCAACAGCAACAGCAGCAGCAUCAAGGAGGGGUACAGGUGUGCAGAUGAGCGCAGCAUCUCUCGCCGUUAUCUGUCGUUCUCUUGCUGCUUCCGGCCUUAGUUUAGAUAGAGGGGGCCUCAGUUUUCUAUUGGAGUGUAUUGUUGCUUCUCUCUCUUCGAGUGCAAGCCUUAAAGGAGAGUGGAGUUUCAGGGGUUUGUUUGGGUCUAGGGAGGGGGGAGGAAGCAGCAAGGGAAGCAGCAAGGACAGUGCUGCUGCCGCCUUUUCUGCUGCAGCAGCUGCAGCUGCAACCCCUUUGUGCAGCACCGCAGCAGCUCAUGCCCAUUCUGCUACUGGCAGCUGCCAUGCAGAUGCAGCAACAGCAGCACCAGCAACAGCUGCUAGCAGCUGUCCUGCAGCAGCAGCAGCAGGAGCAGUUGCAGCACCAGCAGCAGCAGCAGUAUCAACUGCUUUUGCUGAGGCAGUUGCAGCUUAUGGGAGCUGGUGCACUGUGUUCUGGGCUGCUGCAAAGGUCCUUAAAGCCUCGUGCGUGUCUGUACAGCCGAGGGAUCCUUUGUAUUUAAAUCUGCAGAAGCUGCUAGUGCAGCAGCUGCUGCUGCCUCUGGUAGCGACCCUAGCUGCUGCUGAGCCUGCAGAUGCAGGACAAAUAGCAGAAGGGCUUCGUUUGCUGUUGCUGCUUGAUCUGAAGGUAGCAGCAAACGCAUCUCGGAGCGAAGGAAGCUGGGAAGCUCGCAGCUGCCCUCUUUUGCUGCGGCAACGGCUGCUGCAGGUUGAGCAGCUGCUGCAGGCUGUGCAGGCAAUCGCCAGCCACUUCAUGCAGCAUCAUGCACGUUUCAGCAAGAUAGAGGUAUUGAAUGUGCUGCGGAUGCUUGUACAGCUGGAUCUGCUCCCGUACAUUGACGGCACAAUAACCCUUCAAGGAGAUGAAUACAGCAGCAAAAGUAAUGCAGCAAGUUCUCGUACAGCAGCUAGAGGCGCAAGCCUCUCGCCUAUAUCGGUAUCCGCUUUCCUGCGUUGUGCACUUGGGCAGUAUCUGAAGCUGAGCAGGGAUCAGCGUUUUUCUGCGCAAUCUGCAACAGGCGCAUGCAGCGAGCAGCAUCGGCUAAGGAGUGGUUGUGAGUUGGAAGCCUCUUCUUCAUUAGAUUCCUUUGCUCAAGGUUUGCUACUUACUGUAGCGCUGAAAUACCCAGAGGAUAUGCAAAGACUGCCGAAAACACUCACUAAAGGCGUGCUGAAACAGGCAGGUGUUACGCAGCUCUCCCAGUGCAGAUGGAGGGCAUUGCCUUAG